UGAAGCGUGCCCGUAGGGUAAUGUGAUAUUUGUCGCGCCAAAGAGAUCGUCUCCUCAAAAUCUGAUGGAUCCAGAGGCGGUGAGGCGAUCGCUCUCCAAGCCCUCCGCCGACUCCUUCGCCGCCCUCCCGGCUCAUCUAAUUGAGGACGUCGCCCUCAACGGCAUCCGCCUCGACGACAUCGAGCACGGCCGCGUCCUCUAUUCUUGCACCGUUACUCCUCGGCUUGGCAGUCCUGGCGGCGUCCUUAUUGGCGGCGUCAUAGCGACGCUCGUGGAUGUGAUCGGGUCGAUAGCUCUAUCUACUUGUGGACUGCCCACUACUGGGGUUUCACUGGAUAUCAACAUUUCCUACUUGGAUGCCGCCAUGAUUGGUGAAGAAAUUGAAAUCGAAGCGAAAGUGUUGCAUGUUCGGGAGCCAAUCACGGUUAUUUCAGUGAAACUGAGGAAAAAGGCCACUGGAAAGUUAAUAGCUGAGGGACGCCAUACCAAUGGCAGUGGCGGUGCCGCAUCACUUCAAGCCCUGCGAUGUACCAUAAAUGAUGAUCCCAACUUCUCCACUCAUCCCCCUAAGACGGCGCUAGGUGUGGUUGCAGCUCUAAUGGCGGUUCAGGGAAGGGGCAGUGCAGCUGCAGCAGUCGCUCAGGGGCUGGCCCUGCUUUGCCUCCUGCUCCAUAGCGAUUUCGCCGGCGCAACCACCUACAACGUCGGCGACAGCCGCGGCUGGACCUUUAACACCGCCAGCUGGCCCAACGGCAAGAGCUUCAGGGUGGGAGACGUGCUCGUGUUCAAGUACAGUCCGUCGGUGCACAACGUGGUGACGGUGAGCGCGUCGGGAUACAACAGCUGCUCCACUCCGAGAGGGGCGAGGACGUUAAGAUCCGGCAACGACCGCAUCACGCUGGGCCGCGGCACCAGCUACUUCAUCUGCGGUGUCUCCGGCCACUGCCAGUCCGGAAUGAAGAUCGCCGUCACGGCCGCGUAGCCAGAAGUCUAGCUUGCUAGAUCCGUACACCUUCUACUGCGGAUGUUAAAUAAAGUUGUCGGUGGUGCUUAGCUGCUAUGUACGGGCAGUCACAACUGCCUUGAUCUGUAUAAUGUUAAUAUGGUUAAUGGUGUGAUAACUGUCCUCAAAAUCUACUUUUAUAUACAUCUAAAGAGUUUAAAGUUAUAAGUGUUUAUAUCAAA